CAGCCCACGUUUCCAACCGGAAGUAUUUUCGAGGCGCACACAUUACAAUGGCAACAUGUUCGAUAAGUAGCGGUGAUAUCGAUGAAAUAAAUGAUCCGGGAGCCGCUCCUUAUGGCAACUUUAUAAACUAUUACACCUUCAAUCCUCCGGAGAACCGUUUGAGCCUGAUUCCAGCCACAUUACUCCAGGAUUUAGGUUACAGAGACGGCCAUCAGACCACACUGAUCCUGGACGUGGGGUGUAAUUCAGGGGAACUGAGUGUAGCCUUUUACAAGCACCUAGUGCAGGAGUCUGUGUGCCAAGAAGAGUCAGAUAAGUGGAAAGUUAAUCUCCUGGGCUUCGACUUGGAUGAGAUCCUCAUUCAGAGGGCUCAGCAGAACAACCCUCGGCCUCGCAGCAUCUCCUUCAUCCCCCUGGACAUCACUAAAGACAACGACCAGCUGCAGGAUUACCUCGACCACCACGGCUGCUCCCACUUCCACCUGUGUCUGUGCCUGGCUGUCACCAUGUGGGUCCACCUAAACCACGGAGACUCCGGCCUGCUGCAGGUGCUCUCUCGCCUGGCCUCCAUCAGCCAGCACCUCCUGCUGGAGGCGCAGCCCUGGAAGUGCUACCGUUCUGCGGCCCGGCGGCUGAGGAAGCUGGGCCGCUCGGACUUUGACCACUUCAAGACCCUGAAGAUCCGUGGGGACGUAGCAGAACAUGCCAGGGAGCACCUGGAGAGAAACUGUGGCAUGGAGCUCAUCCGGAGCUUCGGCAGCACUACAUGGGAGCGCAAGCUGCUGCUCUUCAAAAGGAGAUGAAACUAAAGGGACAACGUCACUGCACUUGAACUGCAGGGACAUGAUCAGGAAGACCAAAGAAAUCAGUGUUGGGAAUGGGAGAAAAGUAAAGUUUAUCGACAUUAAUCUGCAACGAUUACGACAAGUUCAAGUCACCUUUCAGGUCAAAUGUCAAGAUUUGUGUAUAUUAAAUGAUAUUAAACUGAGUAUUUGUGGGGUUUUGUUCUAGGUCGGACAAAACAAGCAAACUGAAGACGUCAUUUCAGCUCUGGCAACUGCUGAUUGCCCAUAUAUUUCCUGACAUUUUGUUGACAGAUUUAUCUGUUAAUACAAUUAGGACUGCAGUUUACAAUUAUUUCAUUAUUGAUUAAGCUGCAGACUACUUUCUUAAUUAAUAGUUUAGUCUGUAAAAUAGUGAGAAAAUGUCUAUCAGUGUCCCGGAGCGUGAGGUGUCAUCUCAAAUAUCUUGUUUUGCCCAACCACGGUCCAAAACCAAAAUAUAUUCAUUUUACAUCUUACCGGUAUAUAGAACAGCAAAUGCACGCACGCGCGCGCGCGCACACACACACACACUAAACUGUUUACUUUAUGUAUACAAUAAUUACCGUGCACAUUAAAUGAUAAGAUUUCAUAAGACAGUUUUCCCUUAUCAAGCAGCUACAUCUUUAUGUAUCAGAGCUAACGGAACCACAGAGGUCAAUAAUGCAGAACUAGAAAACAAAACGUAAGCACAACAUGUUCAUUUUCAUCAUUUUAAUUACAGAAUACUAAAAAUAACAUUACAUAAAAUGUCUUUUUAAAAGAAACCAUUGAAUAUUACAAAGGUUGUAAAUUUUGUAAAGUUAGGAUAUAAAAUCUUUGAACAGUGGUGCAUAAUUGAAAAGAAAAAUAAUUUUCAUAAAAUGUAUAUAUUAACUGUUCUACUACAUAAAAAAUGAGAUGGACACAAAUCGCAGACAGACGAGAUGAGUAGACACCGCCAUUACCGCAGUGAGCUCUCCUUUCAAGGGAAGAAAGACUUGAGAUGCACAGCACACACCACAAUCAGCUUAAGUUCUCAAGUUAUGUCUAGGUUUAAAAAAAGAGAGAAAAAAAAAAAGGGACUACCAUUUACAACAAAAGGAAAACAAACAA